CGUUUAAAAACAUUCAUCAUACUCAGUAGUAGUAAUACAUAGAAUUACAAAUACUCAUUCUCUCUUGGGAAUUUCUCAAACCACACAAUCUUUUUUCCAUUUUCAGAUGGAGUUGGCUUUGAGCUUAGGCCACACAAACAACGCUUCAAUGGGGUUUUCCGUGGCACUGUCUCACGACACAAGAGCUUCCUCAGAUCCACCCCUUCAGCUCCACCACCUUCUUCCUUCAACACCGGUUCUUCCUUCUCCACGCCUUCCCAUUCCAUGGCUCUCCCAUGCAUUAGGCAUGGAAGACACACCGGUGAGGGCGCUUGAUGACACGGACGACGGUGCUGCAGUUUCGUCCCCCAACAACAGUGCAGUGUCGUCUUUUUGCAGAAACAGUAGAAAGUUUUUUGAGGGUGACAGCGAAGAAGACGAAAACGGGUCAACAAGGAAGAAACUCAGACUCUCCAAAACACAAUCAGCUUUUCUAGAAGACAGCUUCAAAGAACACACCACUCUCAAUCCCAAACAGAAACUCGUUCUUGCAAAAGAGUUAAAUCUGCGUCCCCGUCAAGUGGAGGUUUGGUUUCAGAACAGAAGGGCAAGAACAAAGUUGAAGCAGACAGAGGUGGAUUGUGAGUACUUGAAGAGGUGCUGUGAGAGUCUGUCAGAAGAGAAUAAGAGGUUACAGAAGGAACUGCAAGAACUGAGGGCUUUGAAAACUUGUGAACCGUUUUUCAUGCAACUUCCGGCUACCACCCUCACCAUGUGUCCCUCCUGUGAACGCGUCGCCACCACCACCUCCGCCGCUGCUUCCGCCAACAACAAUGAUCGUGUUUCUCUGAACAAGCCCAGAAUAUUGUCAGGCCCACACGAAGCAGGCCCACAUGGCCCAUCGGAGUGUUUCUUCUGAUUGGCCUAUUUUUGUUGUUUAGGUAUAUAUCAUAACAAUAAUGUGUAUCAAAGAGACAAAAGACUUUCAACUUCAUCCCUUAUUUUCCUUUAU